AUGAAUCCAGUGUAAGUUUUUCUCAAUAAAAAAUAACCCAGAUCCUAAUUUUCAGACAAAAUGAAAAGAAAUUAAUAUUAAACAGUGAUGAGAGAUUGAAAAAAGCGAAAAAUCAAUCAAUAACGAGGAAAAAGCGAGGAUCGAAAAAAUUGAGUGCGCAUCGAUCUUCUUCGAAAGCAAAUGUACAACAAGGUAUCAAAAAAUCGAUAUCGAAUGAGAAUCAAGAUCGAACUUUGAAAAAACAGAAAAGUUUAAGAGUUCCUAAAAAUAAAAAAGACGAAAAAUGAUCCUGAUGAAUUGACAAAGAAACGAUCGAAAAAUACGAAAAGAUCGCAUACAAAAUCGAUUAGUAAAGAGAAUUUGGUGGUGAAAAAGAAACAGGGAAGUGUUGUGGAGGAUAAAAUGCCGGAAGCUUUGAAAAUUGUUAAAUUGGAUGUGGAGGAAAGAACUUGUGCGAGAACGAAGAAGAAGAAGAAUGAGGUUGUUAUUCGAUAUAUGGAAGAGAGCACGGUGAGUUGGGAACAUUCAUACAUACGUAAUUUCAUCUCUUCUCUUCGAAUAAGUAUAGUAGAAGCCUUGAAAAUGACGUUUUCACGUAGAAAAACUGAAAUUGCUGCGAGACCUCACUGUUUCGAAAAAUGUGUGCGCCUUUGAUUUGAUUUUCAGCCCAUAACUUUUUUGAGAAUGCGUUUCAGAAACAAGUAAAUAGUUUUUCUGCCUCAUCUCACAUCAUGUCAGCCCAAUGAAAAUUGGCAAUCGGUGAGAGUGAAGGAGACUUAGAAAAAUAGAUCAAAGGUACAUUAAAAAUUUGUGGGUCUGAAAAUCCAUAAAUUUUGAAAUUGCGGUUGCUAAACAUAUUUUGUUUCGAAAAAAAUUGAGGAUGACUUUUAGUCGCUUGGCACACUGAAAGUUCAAAAAUGAAUUCUCAAAAGUCAAGCUGAAGCCUAUUUCUAAAUUUCACAAAUCCCAGACCCGCAAAUGUAAAUCGCUGUAGAUCACGCGCGAUUUCAAUAUCUUUUCGUCUCUUUCACUCUCACCGAUUGCUGUUUGACAUGUUGUGAUCUCGACGAGACGAAUCAGAUGGUAUAUUCAGCGUUUUCUGAAAUGUCCUCUAACAUGCUGAAAAUGCGCUGAAACUAGUUUAGUUAACUAUGUAGUGUGUAAACACCGCGACGCACAAAUGCACAAAUCAAGUACCGUAGUGAAACACUUUUUUCAAAUAAAAAAAUCUGGAAACGUAUGAUUUUUUCCUCAUUUUCAGCAAAAAGCCGAAUCAGAUGACGAUUUCAUAAAUAAUGAAAAUAACGGGAAACUUUUCGACAAACACAAUAAUCCAUUUUGGACAUUGGUUCUGUUUGACGCGGAAGAAGCGGAAAAAGAAGGAAUUGAAGUGGAGGGAAGAAUCACAGCUGAACAUGUUCUCAAAUUUUUGGAAGGCACUUUGGCACCUGUUCCACCGGCUGAUAUUAAAUAUACCUUUGAUUGCACAAAAGAUGUUGAAGAGAUGAGAGAAGUUGAUGAUGCGUUUUUCAGCGAAGAUGCGGUUAUGUAUCAUACUUUGAGGAAUAUUAUGAGUAGUGAACGUAAGGUUUUAGAUUUGAGAGCUAUAUUUUUAAUUCAACAAUUUUUUUGCAGGUGCUAUGAAAAGAUGUACUUUGAAUGAUGAAGCGAGUCGACAUCAGAAGAAAAUACCAGUUGUCCAAACCAAAGGUUUUGCACAAAUCGAGAAUUUGCACAAAACGAUUCGAUUUAUCAAGCCGGAUGUUGAACGAUUUACGUAUAGUCGAGACAAACCGAUUGAAUCGAUUCGAAAAUGUCGAGAGAAUUUGAAAAAAUGGGAUGCGAUUUGA